AUGGAGCCCUCCGGGAAACGCAAGCUCGAUACCGAAACAGAUGGCGAAGAGCCACUCAAGAAAAGGGUGAUUGGCCCUUCACUACCCCCACCCCAGCCCUCCGAUGCCCAUGAUAGCAACGACAAAGACUCCCAGUCCGGCAGCGAUAGCGACAGCGACAGCGACAACGACUUCGGGCCAGGCCUACCACCAUCCCUCGGUGGUGCACAACCAGCCACGCAAACAUCCGUCCAAUCCGCUCCCCAAAUAUCAGAAACCCAGAAGAAGGAGACCCAGCGGGACGAAUGGAUGCUACUGCCACCCAGCCAGAGUGACUGGGCCUCAAAAAUCGACCCGACACAGCUUCGGAAUCGGAAGUUCCAGACUGGAAAGUCUGCUCGUGCACCUGGUUCGAAGCAGGUAGAUGCGAAAUGGGUUGAGACUCCGGAAGAGAGGAUGCGACGACUACAAGAUGAAAUGAUGGGUGUUGGUGCCGCUCCAAACCGUGCAGAGCAACGUACUUCGAACACGAAGGACGCAACGCGAAAUAAAGCGAUGGAAGAGCAGAUCAAGAAAUUUAAUGAUGAAACAGGAAAGAACAUCCGCCUCGAGAAAGAGCGACCUGCUCGUAAGGAGGAGGAAGAUGAUCCGAGUGCGCGUGCUUUUGACCGAGAGAAGGAUAUGGCCGUGGGGUCAAAGAUUACAAGUGCGCAACGGCGGGAAAUGGUGAACAAAGCGAGCGACUACGGGUCGCGAUUCUCGAAAGGAAAUUAUCUUUGA